AUGCGUUCAUCAAUCCUCACUUCUCUCGUCUCCGCGUCCACAGUCUGGGCAUAUGCCAACCCACUCUCCUGCAGCGGCGUUUGCGUGAAUGCCCAUGACCCUGCUCUUAUCCGACGCGAUGAUGGUACUUACUUCCGAUUCUCGACUGGUGGCAAGAUUGCGAUUCAUUCAGCACCUUCAAUCCAAGGCCCAUGGACGUACCGUGGCGCAGCGAUUCCAAACGGUAGCAAGAUCGACAAAAAGGGCAAAGACGACCUAUGGGCACCCGAUGUUGCCAAAGUAGGCAAUACUUACUAUUUGUAUUACUCUGUUUCCAGCUUCGGUGUCCAAGACUCUGCAAUUGGUGUUGCGACAAGUACAAACCUCGACGCCAAUACUUGGACGGAUCAUGGAGCAACCGGCAUUGCUUCUUCCGCGGGAAAGAAUUACAACGCCAUCGAUGGUAAUCUCAUCCACGAUGGUUCCAGCUAUCUCAUGUCCUUCGGAUCCUUCUGGGGCGACCUUUUUCAAGUUAAAAUGGCCGAUCCUCCACUAAAAACAUCAGGCUCUGCGAGCAACAAUAUUGCGUUCAAACCAGAGGGUGAGCAUGCCCAAGAGGCCGCCUUCGUGUACAAAUACGGAGCCUAUUACUAUCUUUUCUUCUCUGUCGGUAAAUGCUGUGGCUUUGACCAAAACCGUCCUGCUGCAGGACAGGAGUACAAAAUUCAGGUCUGCCGAUCAAGCAGCGCUACGGGCGGAUUCGUAGAUAAGAGCGGCAAGAAAUGUACAGAGGGUGGGGGAACAACUGUGCUUGAGUCCCACGGCUCCAUCUAUGGCCCUGGAGGCCAGGGAGUCUUCAAUGACCCAAGCCUUGGCCCAGUCUUAUACUACCACUAUGUCGAUACACGCAUUGGCUACGCUGAUGGGCAGAAGCAAUUUGGCAUCAAUAAGAUCAACUUUGGGAGUGGGUGGCCAGUUGUAUGA